AUGGAGGAGGAUCCAGAGCUCAUAGCAGCUAUUGCAGCUUCAUUAGAAGACUCCCAGGGCUUCACACGCUCACGCGAUUCUACUCCUGCCAGAAAACAAAAUGUCGUCGAUUUGACUGCAGACUCAGAUGAUGGGGAUGAAGUGGUAGAAGUCUAUCCAAAGUCUCAGUCUGUAAUCGGAUCUGGGACCGAGGAUGACUACGAUGAGGACUUGGAGAGAGCGAUACGGAUGUCCAUGCAGAGUGCACCAAAGAAUAUUGAGGGUAAUGAUAGGGAUGAAGUUGUCAAGAUAUCGACGAAGAAGAACAAUGCUCCUAGGCCAGUAUCUGUCGAGAGUGACAAGGGACCGUCUCAGGCUCAGAAGGAAGAACAGCCUACGCAAGUGCAGAAGCCAUCUUCGACGGGGAUAAUGGGUCUAGAUAGAAAGAAAAUGGAGGAAGAACGGCUUGCUCGUCUUGCGAAGAGAAAAGCAGACACCUCAUCGGAUCAGCGUGAAACAAAGCAGUCGCGAACAGAGUCUCCAAAGGGCAAGAGACCAGGCACUAAGAGUCCUCAUAAAUCGCCGAAUCCCAAACCAGAACCCCGCAAGGAACCUAUGGCCAAAAGUGCCGAGAUCCCAACGCCCACACCCUGCAUUCAGUUCCCUGCCGGCGUGAUCAAAAAAACGUGGAACGCCAAUGCUCGGAGGUCAGGCGACGAUAUCAAAAUCAACGAGGUAUUCCAAGCGUCAGACUUAGAGCUGGCCGUCCUGAGCUCAUUUAUGUGGGAUAUUGAUUGGGUGUUUUCGAAUCUUGACACGAAAAAGACGCGCUUUCUACUGAUUAUGCAGGCCAAAGAGGAGUCUACGAGGCGCCAAUACGAAGCUGAAACGGCUAUGAUGCCAAAUCUGCGAUUGUGCUUCCCCUCUAUGGAGGGACAGGUGAACUGCAUGCAUUCAAAGCUCAUGCUACUUUUUCAUCCUGGAUACGUUCGGAUCGUCAUUCCAACUGCGAAUCUCACAUCUUUCGACUGGGGUCACGGUGGAACAAUGGAAAAUUCCGUCUUCCUGGUCGACCUUCCAAAGAAAACCAGCGGCAACGUGUAUACAAAAACAGCGUUCUACGAAGAGCUAGUCUACUUUCUCAAAGCUAGCACCCUGCACGAUAACAUUAUCGCCAAGCUCGACAAUUUCGAUUUUAAACAGACGGCCAAAUACGCCUUCGUGCAUACUAUCGGCGGAGCGCAUACAGGAGAGUCAUGGCGACGAACCGGAUACUGUGGACUGGGGCGAGCCGUGAACUCGUUAGGAUUACGAACUUCAAGCUCACUUAACAUUGACUACGUGACCUCUUCCCUUGGAUCUUUGAACGACGACUUCCUUCGAUCCAUCUACCUCGCCGCGCAAGGCGACGAUGGUCUUAUGGAAUACACCGCUCGAGCUACGAAAACCAAAUCUACCCACGAAUGGAAAAAUGAUCGCCUUCGGGUGUACUUCCCCUCCGAACAAACCGUGAAAGAAACAUACGGCGGCCCCAACUCCGCUGGCACGAUCUGCUUUCAGUCGAGUUGGUUCAAUGGACCUAAGUUUCCGAGUGGUAUACUCCGAGAUUGUACUAGUGCGAGGGGUCUUUUGAUGCACAAUAAGAUCAUGUACGUACGACCAGAUGAGCCGAUAUUCCUACAGAAUAGCAACACCGGCGACGGCACCUGUCCAGCAUGGGCAUACAUCGGAAGCGCCAAUCUAUCGGAGAGUGCCUGGGGUCGCCUUGUCCAAGACCGCACCAGCACCAUAAAAUCAAACCCCAAACCCCCCAAACUCAACUGCCGGAACUGGGAGUGUGGAGUUAUCGUUCCUGUGUCUGAGUCUGACAAGAAACCUGGUGAGGAUAAAGAGGGCGGCGGAAUGUUAGACGUCUUCCACGGCACAGUGCCCGUGCCCAUGUGUGUUCCUGGGAAGAAGUAUGAGGGCGAUGCUAGACUAAAGCCGUGGUAUUUUAUGGAAGGUAUGAAUUCUGGGUUAGGUGGGUUUUGA